UGGUGUAGUAGAUAUUUCAUCAUUCAUAGUCACCGGCGAAUUUGUUUGUUUUCCGAUGGAUGAAGAAAAAGCAAUUUCUUUUUGUUCUCCGAUGAAGAGCAAAAUAUAUGUUCGUUUUCCGAUAAACGGAGGAGGAGAAGAAGUUGUCGUAUCUCCGCGGAGCCGAGAUGAUAUGACAGUAUUUGAGAUUUGGGGAUGUAUUAGUUGUGUAUAUAAUGGUCGAUUACUCCCGGAGUUGUUGUGGUGGGUUUUUAGUUGCUUUCCACUAAACUGUUUGAGCGUUGCCUUCGAUUAUUUCGUGGCUAUUCCCUUACAUCUUAAUAGAGUAAUCUGCAAUUUGGGCUUCUUUUUCUACAUUUUAUUUCAAUCUGUUGUCCUACUCUACCCUUUGUUGAACAAUUAUUGGUAUCCCUAUAGAACUCCCUUCCGAUCAAUGGGUCCCAAAGGGAAAUUUAUGAUCGACUUCAUUCCCACCCUAACUGCUGCAGCUUUGAGUUUGAAUUUGUUGAAUGAUGCGGACGAUAAGGGGUUAUGGCACUUUCUAGAGAUCAAUUAUGGGUAUCUCUUUCUAUUGCUUGGCUGCACGGGAUACUUCUAUGUUGUUGCUCACUUUAUUCGUAGAGCGUAUGAUAUUAAUGGAAAAGACGUUAUCUUGGGGUUAGCAAUGCAGGCCUUUUGCUUUAUGGUGAACGGGCGAUUGUUGGUUAGAGCCAUCGCUUUGAGCUUCUGCUUUGGUAUUAGUAUCUAUAGAUACAUGACAUAUGCCGCUCCUCCUGCAUUACCUCCUCGUCCCAAAAUGGAGUCGUCGGAUAUGCUGCCUUACUGAUCUGAGGAUGCCUUUAAUAUAACUUCCUUUCAUUUCUCGUGUCAGUAAUUUACCAGAAUGCCUUAAAUUUUCACUAGUGUUCUCUCUUACUUUGUUUGCAAUAUAAUCUGUCAUCUUGUUC